GAGUAAUAAAAAUUUAGAGUUAGGACAAUUACAAGACAAUAAAAAGCAAAGAGUUAUGGACGUCCGGAUGCUCUCGGGCACUUAAGCCACGACUAGCAUGCCUUGUGAACAAAGGAAUCACCUUAAAAGCAACAGCCUGUUGCAUAUACAAAACACUUCAUGAUUAUGCAUAUAUUUUAUUUAAAACAAGAACUUCGUCUGGUACUUGCCAAAAAGUUUCUGUUAAUUCCCAGGCGCCUUUGAGUCUCAGUCAGGCUUGAAGAAGUUCAUUUCUGUUGAUAAGGAAAGCCAUAAAUUCCUCUCCUCUGGAAAAUUUAGGGGUUUCUGUAAUUGUUAUCCUUGUGCGAAGAAUUCCUUGAUUAUUUCUUGAGAUAGUUAAAAAGAAUCUUACAUAGUAUAGUUUCUAUUUUAACAUUGUGUUAUAACCUAAAAAUACAUUCAACACACUACUUGAGAGAAUUAAUACAGCAUAACUUUCCAACAUUACACAUAUAAUAUUCAUUGUAACUAUUGCGUAAAGCCAAUCAUAAAAUAUGCAUUUUUCACAUAUAGACAAUAACGCGGCCUGUUCUUGCCCACAAGCAGCUGCAGAACUUGCCCAUUACGAUCAUUCCGUCGAGCUGCGGGUUCCGGCGCCGCGCGGCUCCUGCUGAGGGCUGAGGGCGGGGGCCGGGCCCCGCUCCGUGCUCGCCGCCCGGCUCCGGCUUUGCCGCCCGGCUCCCGCGCUGCCGCCCGGCUCCCGCGCUGCCGCCCGGCUCCCGCGCUGCCGCCCGGCUCCCGCGCUGCCGCACCAGGACGGCGUUCAGGGCGGGAAGGGCCCGGCUGAGGCUGGCGUCGGCAGCAGCUGGCACAAAGGCUGAGGGGAACCUCCAGGCCUCCCCUCGCUCCUACCGGCGCUCCGCUGGUUUUUAAUCAGCUUCAAACAUCUCACCUCGUUAACUGGUGGGAGUAUUUGUCGUCUCUCUUUUCCCAGUCCUUUCAGAAGUGACACCUCACUGCAGAGCUAUUAAACCACUGAAAAAAAAAAUGACAGAAAGUUGUGGGCAGGAGCAGACAAGGUGGAAAACGACGGUCAUUAUGAGCACAGCUCUGCAGGAUCAUGACAUUUCUACAGUUCUGCAGAGGCAGCAACACCGAGUUCGAUAUUCAGAAUCAGUGGAAACUGGAUCUGUGAUUUUUCCUCUUUCUGGCAUUGCAUUUAUGCUGUCAGACACUCAAGACUUUCUUAGGACAGGGGAAGAAGAGUUUUCCAAAAGAAUUCAGAAGUUCAUAAAUAUCCAUCGGAACAGCUUUUUGGUUUUGUCAGCUGCUCUUCAUGGACCAGAAGAAUGGAGUGUCAUGUUCAGGAUUCAGAGAAGAUUCCUGGGCAGCAAUUUACGUGUAAUACCAGUUCAUAAUCCUGCUGAAACUGUUAAAUUAAUGCUAACUAUGGCUAAGGUAACUUCCAAGCCACAAGCAGAUGAUACUCGUUGCAAAAUAGACAUGACAAAAGCCCAAAUAAUAGAAAAAAGUCCAGUUUGGAAGAUGCUUCAGGAGUACCAAUGGCACUGUAAUUAACUUAAUAUUUGGUUUUUUAUUCAUAAAUAGAGUCCUACAUUUUAAACAAAAUAUAGAAUGUUCUUAAAAAUAUAGUUACAUUUCAAAAGACUACAUACAACAUAUGCAUUUGGCAUGAAAAUUUGUAUUAAAUAGCUAUACAGUGAAAAAUAGCAUACUUGAUACCAAAUGUGCUUUCUAGGAAGGGGAAGAAAGUGGUUUAGCUGUACUAUAGGAAAGUCAUCCUUAUUUUUAACUUGGUUCUGACCGUAGAGGCUCAUCUGUUUAUUAAUAAUUUCCCAAAAAAUUUACUAUAUCUUAAGGAAAGCUGUACGAUUAAAGAUAAGGAUGAUCAGAACAAUUCAAAAAUCCAGGUAUCCCUAAAAACAGCAGCUGUAUGUAUGCAACCUUACACUUCUGUUUUUUAAACAUAAGUGUUAUCUGUUACGUUACUAAGUUCUAACAUCUUACUUGGCUCAAAGUUGAUGUGUUUUUCUUCAAACCUGGUUUCCUUUGCCACAAUGUUUUUACUAUCUAUAGAUAGGAUAUUCUGUAGUGUUAUCUAUCUGUACCUUACAAUCCUGUCUGCAAAUAGAGAAGCUUGUUUGUCAACAUUAAAAUGUGCUAAUAAAAUAUCUUUUGCUUAAA